AUGAACUUUUUGAUAACGGAUGCGAAGAAAUGUGUUCGUUGCAAGGAAUACAUUUCAAAGACCGAUAUGGUAAUAAAAAUACGAACAUUAACUUAUCAUGCGGCAUGUUUCUCAUGUUCAAAUUGCGAAAAGAAACUAACAGUUGGAGAAGAAUUCAUUUUACGUGAGCGAGAAGAUGAUAUAAUAUGUCGAAGUGAUUGUGAUACGAAUAAUAUUGAACAGCCAUCCUCAAUCAAAACGGAUAUCUAUGGACGAGAGGAUGAAGAUGGUUGGGAUGAUUCAACUUUAACAAGCCUAGAUAAUCAAAUGUCAAGUACACCACCACUUUCGCUUCGAAGUCCUAAAUCAGAUGAGAUUGUAACCACUUUUAACAUUUCAAAAUCACAAGUUAAAAAGACCAAGAAAGACAAACAAUCGACUAGAGUUCGGACGGUGCUUAAUGAGAAACAACUAAUGACGCUUAAGGCAUGCUAUGCUGCCAAUGCUCGGCCGGAUGCUAUGAUGAAAGAACACCUCGUUGAAAUGACCGGUUUAAGUCCACGUGUGAUACGUGUAUGGUUCCAAAACAAACGUUGCAAAGAUAAGAAGCGGCAAAUUGCCAUGAAACAUUUACAGCAAAAGGCGGAAACAGUUAGUUUUUAA